GUACCACAACUGUGAGGUGACCAUAUGCACCGAGCUCGCGUGGAAGAGCUUCAUCAAAGAAUUCCGAGACGGGCUCCCGAAGGGCACCUUGCUCUUCCGGCCAUCGGGUGGUGACACCAUGAUGCAGACGCGGACUGCUAUAAGCCAGCUGAUCACCUGGGAAGGUCAGCACUAUGACUUCUUGCAAUCCCUGAUCUUCUCUGCACAG